AUGGGCGAUUUAAGCGACAUGAACGAUUCCGCGUGUGCAAUUGCUGCGGCUGUCACCCUUCCAGGAGAGGAUUUAAAGGAAUUUCGUUGGACAGAGCCACGCGGUAUUGUGUUGCGAUGUCGACACAACGAGUAUGAACGAAAACACCUGUUGAAAUUGGGUUCCUUCAAACUGGGUAAAAGUGUUGUGCCACUCGAUGAUAGAUUCGACUCAGAGGAGGAUAAACAAAUUUUCCUAAAGACGCCCAUUGUAGCAGAUUUGAACUUUAUCUACGGCAAACCUUUCCCCAGUCCAGUGAAAAAGUCCAAAAAGCGCCCAUGUGCACAACAGGAUGUUAUGGCAAUAUCAUCCUUUCGCGCAACCCCAGAGGCUAAGAAACUUCUUGGUACUACUCCUGAUUACGAUAGCUAUCAUACUGCCGAUGUGAUUCGUAAAGUGGUUCGAUACGCUUAUAAUCGCUGUGCCAAUAUCAUACUUUCUAAUCUGUUCCCCGACAUUGCUGAGAAUCUAAAGCUACAUCCUAUCUAUUGGUCAGCUCGUAGUUUGGUAGGAUCUAGAGAAAAUUUCGACGUUUUCUUUGGAAUGCUUCGUGAUGGCCGACGAAGUCCUCCUUCAUACAAGUUGAAUCUGCAAGAGCUGAAUAGUAGGUUGCUACCAUUCCAAAGAGAUGCUGUUAAUUUUAUGAUAGACAGGGAACUUCAUCCCAAUUGCCAAAUUGGAAGGUUGAUGAGCUUCGUUAAACUGCCUAUUGAUCUCACUUCACUUUACUAUUUUCCUUAUCUUGGUCUAUUUGUUAGAGACUUGCAUUUGAGCCCAUGCGCUCAGGACAUCAGAGGAGGGAUUCUUGCUGAUGAGAUGGGUCUCGGGAAAACUGUCGAGUUAUUGUCUUUAAUUCUUUCUCACACUCCGGAGAAUACUCCUCAGCCUUACGCUCACCCUAACGGAACGAUGGAAGGAACGAGCUCAGCGUAUUGUGACGGCUCUAUUGAUUAUGAAGUCCGUGCAUGCAUUGAAUACAUAGUUUCAACAAUAGUUGCAGCUGAGGAGACAGAGGACUUGGGCCCUCCUAAGAAACGUUUCUGCGAUGGUAGCGCUGUGAAAGCGCGUUCGACUGUGGCCGGAUGCUCUAAAAGUCAAAGCUCGCGUGUGCAGGGAGUGCACUGGUCAUCAAAGCUCGAUGCCCUGCCUAUACGUUUUGUUUGCCCAGUCUGUAUAGCAGAUAGAGGGAUGACUUUCGAAAUCUCUACGACACUCAUAGUCGUUCCAGAAGCUUUACUCCACCAAUGGUUCGAAGAAAUUCGUCGUCAUUGCAAAAAGGAUGUUGUUGUUGAUGUUUACUAUGGUGUUGGCGUGGAAGGUUACAAGCAUCCAGCAUAUUUGAACUCUUGCGAUAUUGUGUUGUGUACCUACGAGACCUUUCAGAAAGAGAUCUACUACAAUCCUUCUUCACUAAGGUCUUGGAAAACACAAUUUUCAACCACAGGAAGAACUCAAAAUUUCCCUAGUCCUUUAUUGGCAGUGAAUUUUUGGCGUAUAUGCUUAGAUGAGUCCCAACUAGUAGCCAGCAAGGUGAAAGCGGCUGCAAAAAUGUGCUCCCUGUUAAAAUCUCGAUAUCGCUGGUGUGUCACAGGAACGCCGAUGUCGAACUCGGUCAACGACCUCUAUGGCUUGAUGCACUUUCUAUGCGCAUUCCCGUACAGCGUCGAUGCGAUUUGGGCGCAUUACUUUUUCUAUCCGUGGAUCACCAAGUCGAACAGUUCUUUGUUGGUUACCUUAAUGAGCCAAAUCAUGUGGAGAAAUACGAAGAAGGAUGUAGAGAGCCAGCUCGAAAAUGUAAGCCGCAAAAACAACCUUGUGGAAUUAUCAUUCUCCCCAAUCGAGGAGCGCCUUUAUUUUGCGAGGAUUGAGGAGUCUAGGGUGAAAAUGUGUCAGAUUCUGUAUUGUCUCUGCUCCGAUUACCCACGGAAUACUCAAUUAUCCAAACUUCCAUCAGACUUAGUGAAUGCGAUAUUUUCUGUGAUUAACGACGUCAGAGCAUCAAUAUUAGCAGGAGAAUCCCAUAAGCAGAAAAAAGAUCUCAAUUGUAUAUCGGAUUUCCGGAUAUUCUCUCCGAAGUUGAUUAUCCGGAAGCUGUUUGAUGACGCAAAGUUGCUUGUAGUCCAACGGCAUCGCGAUCUUGUUCUGAAUCGGAAUGCUUUGGCCGGGCUUUACUUAUUGGUGGAAGAUCAUUUUGGUGCAUUCUCAUGGUACGAAAAGUCGAUUAAAGUUCACUAUGAUCAGUUGGAAUUGAAUCAGCAGUUUGGGUUGGGAAAACUGGAAGACUCACUGAUUUUGUCUGAUACCAAAGUGGAAGCGGUGGUCGAUGACGGUGAAGAAGAAGACAGGGAGUUAACCGAUGAAGACGAAGAAGAGAGGGAGUUAACCGAUGAAGACGAAGAAGACAAGGAGUUAACCGAUAAAGACGAAGAAGAUAAGGAGUUUACCGAUGAAGACGUUGCAAAGCCAAUCAAACCGCUGAGUAUAGAUGCACUGCAAAUUCUUCACAUCGCGAGUAACAUGAAAGAAUUGUGCAAUGGCGUGAUGGAAGCGAAAAAGUAUUACGAAGUAAAUGGAAUUGAAGACCUCGCACGUGAACGUCAUCGCCACUAUGUACGAGCGGAAGUAGCUGCUUGCGUUCAAGCCGCGAAAAAAUAUCACCAUUUGAAAAAAUCGUGGAACAAUCGGGACUGGAGUUUCAACUACUUACGAAUGUCGUAUGUCAUCAUGCUGGAUGACCUUUUUGACACACUUGACUUCGAUGAGUUCAAAGAGAUGAUACCCAUGAAGAAUCUGGGUCCUCUGAAGAAACCGGUCACGAAGGCCAACCCUUUCGACUAUUUGCUUGUGCUUGAUGAGGAGUUGAAGGACCUUCGACGUUCAUAUCAUGCGUAUUGCAAGAGUGUUGACUCACUCAUAGUGCCAUUUAAUCUACAGCGGAUUGAUGACGAUGGGGAAAUAUCGUUGGAUUCCCUGGUUCCACCACUAUUACAUGAAGAUCGAUUCAAGAAGUUGAUUUUCUGCAAACAUGCUCCUCAACCUCAUUUCUCGUAUCUCGGCAUAGGUGACGGCUUGAUUGUGCCAGAUGGAUACUUUCCAGAGCCGGACAAGGAAAAAUGUUGCGUUUGUGACAUUAUAGAAUGCGAGAAGGCUCACCAAAAACUACCAAUCAACAGUAAAUUCAUGUAUAAGGACAAAUUCUCAUAUGAGAUACUUCUGAUGCGGAUGUAUCGGGUAAGUCAGCUGCCUGCGAGGGAUGCAGUACGAACAUUCCACAUGCAUCUUCUCGAGUGGCUUGAACUAGGCGAGAAGAUGGUGUCCGCAGGACGCGAGCUGAUGACAGCUGUGCAGGAAUGGGUCAAUCGAGAGCGAGAGAUAAUCAGUUCAUGUUCACGUUUCGAAUUCGGGAUGAAGGUCUCCUUUCCAUUUGCGUCACGUCCUGUCGUUCUCUCUCGUGAUAACCUUGAUGCAAGUUUCCAUCAUUUUGCUUUGAAUAUGGCUAUAACUAAUUUCACUGAAGCUGAGAAGCAGUCUGUCGAAUCAGUGUCUGGAGCCUUGAGUUCUCUCCGUUAUCUCAACACUUUGUUACAGGAAUCACAAAGUGGUGUGGUUAUACGCGAUUGUCCAUGCUGUUACGUGCCGUUGGAUGGUGUAUGGGUGGUAUUUCCAUGUGCUCAUACAGUUUGUUCGACGUGUUUUAGGAAACUUAAAUUAGUUGUGUCUUCAUCUGAAGAUAAGCAUUUGCGCUGUGUAACGUGCAGACGACCGUGCCCUAUUGAUGGGACAAUGUAUGUAGUGAACAAGAAAGAUGACCUGAUUCCAAAUAUUCGGCUCACAGUAAAGUUUGAACACAUCAUUCGACUGCUGAAGAAAUUGAUCACGGAAGAUCCCAGCAAUAAGGUACUGGUAUUCACCUCGAUCGCCAUUGUGAUACCACCGUUUGCGGCGCUUUUGAAGUUGCUGAAACUUCCUUUCGCAGUGCUCGAUAGAGGAUCGAGAUCGAAGAUUCUGCAUCGUUUCCGACAUGAUGACAGUCUGAAGAUUCUUCUAAUGCCACUUCGUAUGGGGGCUAAUGGAUUGAACUUGACGGAAGCCAAUCAUGUCGUUUUCAUGGAGCCCAUAACGGAAACAUCCGUGCUUUCUCAGGCUAUUGGUCGCAUUGAUCGUAUCGGACAAUGGCGUGCUGUUACAGUGCACAAUUUUGUUGUGAGAGGGUCCAUUGAAGAAGAAAUUUACAAAAUCGUUAACAAUGGCGAAGAGCAAAGUCGUUGGACUCUGGCUACGUUGUGCCAAGUGUUUGAAAUUCCGCCGCUACCGUUUGCGGAGGAACGCGCAGAAACAGACGAGCCGUAG